GGGGCGGGAGGACUGGCAGUCCCGGCGUGCCCCGCGCCGCCGCCGUGGGUGCGGGUCCCGGUGCCGGUGCCGCCGCUGCCGCUCUGCGCCCCCGGCCCGCCCGCCCUGUCCGCGGCCGCCAUGGGCUCCCUGCUCAGCCGGCGCAUCGCGGGCGUGGAGGACAUCGACAUCCAGGCCAACUCGGCCUACCGCUACCCGCCCAAGUCCGGAAACUACUUUGCAAGUCACUUCUUUAUGGGAGGUGAGAAGUUUGACACCCCUCAUCCCGAGGGUUACCUUUUUGGUGAGAACAUGGACUUAAACUUCCUUGGAAAUAGACCAGUUCAGUUUCCCUAUAUAACUCCAGCCCCACACGAGCCAGUGAAGACACUGAGGAGUUUGGUGAACAUCCGCAAGGACUCCCUCCGACUCGUGAGGUAUAAAGAUGAUGUUGACAGCCCUGCUGAGGAGAAUGGGAAGCAGAAGGUCCUGUACAGCCUGGAGUUCACCUUUGAUGCAGAUGCCCGUGUUGCCAUCACAAUCUACUGCCAGGCUACAGAGGAGUUUGUUGGUGGCAUGGCCGUAUACAGCACAAAGAAUCCCUCUCUGCAGUCCGAGACAGUUCACUACAAGAGAGGGGUAAGCCAGCAAUUCUCCCUGCCUUCCUUCAAGAUUGAUUUCUCGGAGUGGAAGGAUGAUGAGCUGAACUUUGACUUGGACCGAGGCGUGUUCCCGGUGGUCAUCCGAGCAGUGGUGGAUGAAGGGGAUGUGGUGGUUGAGGUCACUGGUCAUGCCCAUGUUCUUCUGGCUGCAUUUGAAAAGCACGUUGAUGGCAGUUUUUCCGUGAAACCACUAAAACAGAAGCAGAUUGUUGACCGGGUGAGCUACCUGCUGCAGGAGAUCUACGGCAUCGAGAACAAAAACAACCAGGAGACCAAGCCUUCAGACGACGAGAACAGCGACAACAGCAACGAGUGCGUGGUGUGCCUGUCGGACCUGAGGGACACCCUGAUCCUGCCCUGCCGCCACCUCUGCCUCUGCAACUCCUGCGCCGACACGCUGCGCUCCCAGGCCAACAACUGCCCCAUCUGCAGGCUGCCCUUCCGUGCCCUGCUGCAGAUCCGGGCGGUGAGGAAGAAGCCGGGGGCUCUGUCGCCGGUGUCGUUCAGCCCUGUCCUGGCACAGAGUGUGGACCAUGAUGAGCACUCUCACCCCUUUAAACCCCUUAAGGUGAGCUCUGUCUCCCUGCCCAGCAGGAAGCCUAGGAGGGAAGUGAGAACAAGCUCUGACAACAUCCCCGCAGGCUACGAGCCCAUCUCGCUGCUGGAAGCGCUGAACGGGCUGCGCUCGGCGUCGCCCGCGCUGCCCUCGGCCCCUCUGUACGACGAGAUCUCCUACUCGGGGCUGGGGGACGGGCUGCCCCCCGCCAGCCGCCCGCUCGUGGCCAUGGACAGAGCCCUGGAGGGCGCCCACCCAAAGGGCAAGCGCAGCAAGUCUCCAGACAGCACACUACGGUCUCCCUCAUCCCCAAUCCAUGAGGAGGAUGAGGAGAAGCUCUCCGAGGACUCUGACUCGCAGGCGGUGCUGAGCGGGGGUGAGCUGGUCCUGAGGGAGACCAGCUCUCCAGAGAGCGUGGCAGGGGAAGAGCUGGAGGAGGCCUCAUCGGUGCAGCAGGGUAGCCGCCCGCCCUCGGUGGAAGACGUGCUGCAGGACGGCGGCUGCGGCGAGAGCCGGAGCCUGACGCGCUCCGAGAGCGACGCCCCGGUCGAUGUCUUCCUGCCAGCACUUGGUCCUGAUUCCUGCUCUGUUGGUAUAGAGGAGUAAGCUGGCUCGUCCGACUUCACCAAGACGCUCCCCGUCCGCGGCACCGGCAGCCCCACGCAGCCCCUUCUCUUCGAGCAGAGCCGUCUGCACCUGGAGGACGAGCAGAGCGCUCCGUGAGGGCCGGGCUGCCCGUGCCCCUGGGCGGCCCCAGCCCGUGCAUGCUCCCCGCGCCGGGUAGGGGCUGCUGCCGCCGCGGGCCGUGUCCGUGGCGCCGGGGCGGCAGAUGAAGGACACUACCGAUGUAUAUUUUGUACGUACCGAGCACAGCCCUUUGCUGUCACUGCCCCUGUACAUAGCUGUGGCCCUCCCUGCCUUGCCGGGGCGCGGGGCUCCGCGGGAGCGGCGGAGGGCGGGGGCCAGCCCGGCCCAGCCCGUUCGGGGUGCCCCCCGUUCCCGCAGAGCCCGGCGCUGCCCACGCCGUGUGCCUUGUUCUGCUUCUGCGGGGGUCCCGGGGCCCGUCCCGCUCCCCGUCCAUGUUUGUAGUAAUAAACCGUGGAGCAGCCGCC